UCCAUAUAUACGUAACAUCCCCGGAUGUCGGUCUUUUUUUCAUAGCAAAGAUGGCAGAGGGAGACAAAAAGCCUGCCAAGAAGAAGCACGGGAGCCGGAACCCGGUUCUGGCCCGGGGGAUCGGUCGCUACUCCCGGUCUGCUAUGUACGCCCGCCGGGCCAUGUACAAAAGGAAGACCAAGACCACUAAGACCAAGGUGGAGAAAAAGAUCAGGGAAAGACCCAGAGCUACUGUUGUCAAGACUGUUGGUGGAGACAAGAAUGGAGGCACCCGUGUGGUCAAGCUGCGCAAAAUGCCCCGCUACUACCCCACGGAGGACGUGCCCCGCAAGCUGAAGAGCCACGGAAAGAAGCCCUUCUGCCAGCACAAGAGGAAGCUGCGCUCCUCCAUCACACCUGGAACCGUGCUCAUUCUGCUCACCGGCCGCCACCGUGGAAAGCGUGUGGUGUUCCUGAAGCAGCUUUCCAGUGGUCUUCUGCUCGUCACUGGCCCUCUAGCCGUGAACAGAGUCCCCCUGCGCCGGGCACACCAGAAGUUUGUCAUUGCCACCAACACCAAAGUUGACAUCAGUGGCAUGAAGAUCCCCAAAAACCUCACCGAUGCUUACUUUAAGAAGAAGAAGCUGAGGAAACCCCGUCACCAAGAGGGCGAGAUCUUUGAUACAGAAAAAGAGAAAUACCAGCUGACAGAGCAAAGGAAGGCAGACCAGAAGGCUGUUGACUCUAAGCUCCUGCCGCUUAUCAAGAAAGUUCCUCAGCUGAAAGGAUAUCUCCGCUCCUCCUUUUACCUGACGAAUGGUGUCUACCCACACAAGCUGGUUUUCUAAAUGUGUUGUAAUAAAGAGUACCACCGCCUAA